AAAAAUUUGGAAUGUAAAAUCUCCCUAUGGUGUAAGAAGUGGUUUGUUCCACAUUCCUUCGCCUCCGUCCGUCCCAGGAGUUGGAUACGUCGUGUGAAGGGGGGGGAGGCCCUUCCUUUCUUUUUUGUUUUCUCACGCACGCUGCGCACACACACACAUAGACUGGCUCGUGGGCGGGGCCAGGUUGCACGCUGGCCGAGCGACGGUUGGACCCCGUCCGUUAACGGCCCCCGUAGCCCCACCCACUUUGGGCGCGAGGCGGCGAGCCUGCGCAGUAGCUCGCCCUGACGGGAAAGCAGCAGCCGUCCGUCUCUUUCCGCCUCUUCCGCGGCUCGGGGUGGGGCCGGCCGCGCCAGCAGGCGGAGCCGGCGGAGCAAGCGAGGCGAAGCGGCGAGGAGGAGGAGGCGAUGCCGACUCAGCGUGAAAGCGGCGGCGGGAGCAGCAUGUCGCACCCGGGCCUGGGCAGCAUCGGCGGCGUCGGGCCCGGCGGGGACGGCGCCCAUCAGGUGCGCGUCAAGGCGUAUUACAAAGGGGACAUAAUGAUAACUUAUUUUGAACCUUCCAUCUCCUUCGAGGGACUGUGUAAUGAAGUUCGAGACAUGUGCGCUUUUGAUGAUGAACAGCUUUUCACCAUGAAAUGGAUUGAUGAAGAAGGGGAUCCAUGUACUGUCUCUUCUCAGCUGGAGCUAGAAGAAGCCUUUCGCCUGUAUGAGCUGAACAAAGAUUCUGAACUUCAGAUACAUGUGUUUCCCUGUGUACCAGAAAGGCCUGGCAUGCCAUGUCCAGGAGAAGACAAGUCGAUUUAUCGUCGAGGAGCACGGCGGUGGCGAAAACUCUAUUGUGCAAAUGGUCAUACUUUUCAGGCCAAGCGAUUUAACAGGAGAGCUCACUGUGCCAUCUGCACUGAUCGGAUAUGGGGAUUGGGACGGCAGGGAUACAAAUGCAUCAACUGUAAACUCCUUGUUCACAAAAAAUGUCACAAGCUUGUCAGCAUAGAAUGUGGCCGACAUGCAAUACCACCAGAUCCUCUAAUGCCAAUGGAUCAGUCAGCAGUGCAUCAUGAUAACAUAGAACCUGUGAUACCAUAUAAUCCUUCAAGUCAUGAAAGUUUGGACCAUGUUGGUGAAGAAAAGGAGGCAACAAGCAUCAGAGAAAGUGGCAAAGUAUCUUCCAGUCUGGGGCUGCAAGAUUUUGAUCUACUUCGAGUUAUAGGGAGAGGAAGUUAUGCCAAAGUUCUUCUGGUGCGAUUAAAGAAGACAGAACGCAUUUAUGCCAUGAAAGUGGUGAAAAAGGAACUAGUCAACGAUGAUGAGGAUAUUGAUUGGGUUCAGACAGAAAAACAUGUCUUUGAGCAGGCUUCCAAUCAUCCUUUCCUUGUUGGCCUUCAUUCGUGUUUCCAGACAGAAAGCAGGCUGUUUUUUGUUAUAGAAUAUGUCAAUGGAGGAGAUCUCAUGUUUCACAUGCAGCGACAGAGGAAAUUGCCAGAAGAACAUGCCAGAUUUUAUUCAGCAGAAAUUAGUUUAGCAUUAAACUAUCUUCAUGAACGAGGGAUAAUUUAUCGAGACUUGAAACUGGACAAUGUGUUGCUGGAUUCUGAAGGGCACAUCAAGCUGACCGAUUAUGGCAUGUGUAAGGAAGGAUUGAGGCCUGGAGAUACAACCAGCACUUUCUGUGGCACUCCCAACUACAUUGCUCCUGAGAUUUUGCGUGGAGAGGAUUAUGGAUUCAGUGUGGAUUGGUGGGCUCUGGGCGUGCUUAUGUUUGAAAUGAUGGCAGGCAGGUCGCCAUUUGAUAUUGUUGGGAGCUCUGAUAACCCUGAUCAAAAUACCGAAGACUAUCUUUUCCAAGUUAUUUUGGAGAAGCAAAUCCGUAUCCCUCGAUCCCUUUCUGUGAAAGCAGCAAGUGUUCUAAAGAGCUUCCUUAACAAGGAUCCUAAAGAACGCUUAGGAUGCCAUCCUCAGACAGGAUUUGCAGACAUUCAGGGACAUCCAUUCUUUCGUAAUGUAGAUUGGGAUCUGAUGGAGCAAAAACAGGUGGUUCCUCCAUUUAAACCAAACAUAUCUGGGGAAUUUGGCCUGGACAACUUUGACUCUCAGUUCACGAACGAGCCUGUUCAACUCACUCCUGAUGACGAUGAUGUUGUGAAGAAGAUCGACCAGUCUGAAUUUGAAGGCUUUGAGUAUAUCAAUCCUCUCCUGAUGUCUGCUGAGGAAUGUGUCUGAGUCUCAUCUCCUCCCACGUCGGAACUGUGCCAUUUGUUGGUUCCUUCCUCUGCAUGGGUUAGCAGCUUGCUGUUAAGAUGCAGUUGCUGACAUUCAUUGACCUUUUUGAUCAGCCAUCUACUAUGAGCCAUCCACAAAUGAAAUUCUUCAGUUACGAGACUCUUGAAAUGCUGUUCAAACCUCACAGUCGAGCCUUCGGAAGGGCAGACUGCGACAUGUGGGUAUUAACUGUCAUUCUGUUUGAAAUGUAUUGCUCUGAAUUCCAAAGCAUCUUGCAUUUAAGAUUGAUGGCAGUGUUAUCGUGCCAGGUGAGAGUCAAAAGUAUAACCCAGAUUUGGGAAUGAGGAAUUAAUCUGCUGGGGCCCCUCCCUCUGUUUUCAGCAUGUCAGGCUACAUAGGUACAGUCUCAAGUUGCUUUUUAAAUCCCUGGCUCUUGGUUUGAGUGUACCUGAGUUAAUGACAGUACCAUGCAUUGCCAAAAGUGUGCAGAACUUGCAGAGGACUUGUCGUAUAAUGCUGCAGCCCACUCCCAGUCCUUGAAGUUCUAGUUUUCCCUUCCAGGUUAAAAGUUUAGUCUGAAACUUUUUUCCUAUGUGUUUAUUUCAAGGCUGUAGCUGAAGCUGUUCCUCAAUCUUGAUGAAAGUUGGCCAGGACAAGGGUUAGAUUCUACUAGCACAGGGGUCUGCAACCUGUGGCUCUCCAGAUGUUCAUGGACUACAGUUCCCACCAGCCCCUACCAGCAUGGCCGAUGACAUGGGCUGAUUGGAUUUGUAGUCCAUGAACAUCUAGAGAGCCGCAGGUUGCAGACUAGCUUUUCUAGUCCAUCUCAUCAGAUUUCUUUUCCUGCUGCAGCCCGUGUCCUGCAUGGUUUUUGCCCACAUGAGGCCCAUCAUCCUUGGCGUAGCCUUUCUGAUGUUCAAAAGAAUUGCUGUCCUCCUUUUUUGUCCCGUGUAAAAGCAGGUAGAUUGACCUGUUCCUUUUUACCUUGGUGCAUCCCAAGGACAAUGGACAUUUUCUUGCGGGCUUAUCUCAAGAGGAUUUGGUUCUCGGACACUGGGUAGUUGAUUUCAAAGAUUCUCCCUGUUCUUAGCCAAGUUUAGUCAGGUACACAUUCAUCAGUUAUACAUUGUUUGGUCUGUGAAUGAGUGCCUCCCUGAGCCUGUCCUUUCAACAAGGACUAACAAGAGGUGUGAUGUUAUUUUAAAUUAACAGAACAUUUCUGUUUGUGAAAAUAAUAUCUAGCACAGUAGGCAAUUAAUUCUCACUAAUUCUCACUAGUAAGGCCGUGUGCUAUUUUCUUCAGAAUCUUGUAACUGGGAAAUGAUAUAUCUGAAAUGGUAUUCACAGUAAAUUCAUCUCAACUCGCUGCUAUCAAAUCUGAAAAACAUUCUGUCAAAAGAUCUCUCUAUUGAUAGCCAGUGAUUUUUGGCGAUGCUAAAGUUCUUAUUACGUGCCUAAAGGUCCAUCUGUAAGAUUCACAUUAAUUAACAGAGCACAGGAAUAGAGGAAAACCAAGCCACUCGAAUGGUUGAAGGUGCAAAUUCGAAAGGUCUAUAUAUGAUUCAUUAAAAAGUGAGCAGAUUUUGCGUUUGACAGCUCAAAGACUCGGCUGCUUGGGUAGAUGUCAUCUGUACUUUUUGCUUAGUUUUUUAAAUGCUUGUAAAAAGGGAGAUAAAAGAAGUGUGCGUAGUUCAGCCUUCUGUGAGGCAAUGUUAAAAUGUAUGGUACAUUUGUACAUUAUAGUCAUUACCCAUUUUAAAAUAUGAACUAAUGUUUGCCAACACUGAAACAUUAAACUGAAGGAGAGAAGAUCAUUUGUCUUGGUACUUGCCCUUGCUACUUGAGCUGGCUCAUGUUGGUUAUGACUAUGUUUAAGGAACUCUAUAUGAUGUUCCUGUUUGGGAGUGGGUGGGGGGGGAUGUCUGUAGAUUGUGUAACUUGGCUUUGGACUUCUCACUUUUGAGCACUUUUUUCUAAAGUAUCUGAAACUGGGCCACUGCCAGACAGUAUAUUUAAGUUGCAUGGUACACAAUGGCAUUAUCAGAGGUACAUUUUUAACACAAUUGUAGAAAUAGUAAAAAAAUCUCUCAUCCAAGAUUUUUCUUCUUCUAAGCACAAAUUCACUGAAUUCACAGGUGUAACAUACAAUGUGCUUUCUUUCGGUAUUUGGUGUGUAGUAACUGUUUCUUGUUGUGGUGCAUCUUCCAUUGUCACCUUUUAACAAAAAAAUUGAGUGAUAUGUUAAAAGCAAAAUGUCAAGAUUUUAUUUUUUAUUUUCAUAUUCGUUUCGAACAAGUGCCAUGAUAUUAAAUUGUUGUGUAUUUUUUUUAAAAAAAAAACCAUGUUAAAUGUGUAGAGAUUGUUUUAAAAUGUUGAUGAUGGAAUUAGGUCAGGAAUGAUUAGAGAGCAUGAUGUUUGGGGAGUGACCUUUAGCAUAAAAAUUGGACUGAUGGGUGCUUCGUCUUUACUGUUGCUAACUGUGUAUUCGUUUUACAGCCUUGGAUAUUAUAUUGUAUAACCUGUAUUUCUGCACACUUUUUUACUUUCCAUUUUUCAGUUUGAAAAUAAAACAUAACAGGAUUUUUUUGUUUAAA